CAAAGGCACAGCGGAAUACGAGUCCCCCUCCCCCGCUACGCCUGCAUUGGCAAGGUUUAUCAACGGUCUCACCCCCCCCUUUUCUCCCAGGGAGCGGCACAGAGAAAAAGCAAAAGAUGCCCGGGAUGGGAACACAGAAGCGGGCUCUCAGAGCCUCGUGCGACAACUGUCACCAGGCCAAGGUCAAAUGCGUCGCGACAGCGGCAGGAUGCCAGCGGUGCGUGGCGUUGAACACGCUCUGCGUCCACAGCCCUCCAGGGCGAUCGGGGCGAGUGCCAACAGCGAACAAGGAACACAUCCCGACCCCUCCACGGAGCAGCCCCUCGCGACCACAGAGCGAUCAGGUCUCGAUCAUGGACUUCACCACGGACUCGGUCAUGAUGGAGCCGGUCGACUCGAUGCUCUCCGACUGGUUCUCCAUGUCGGCUGCAACAACAGCAGCCAUGAGCCCCCUCUACAGCGGCGGCACCCAGGGCGUCCUGAUCGAUCCAUCCAUCAGCACAUUCAGCAUGGGCACUCCCACCGCCGCGCCCAUUUCAGAGUUCGUCCCAGGCGACCUCUCCGCACCCUCGCAGUCGCAAAUUCCCCCCUCCUCCGCUUCAACACAGCACCCUCCCCAGCCCCUCCUACCCGGACAACCACAAACACAACCACAGCAGCAAACCCACCUCCUUUACACCCCACCCCCGAAGAACCACCCACCAAGCAGCAGCACUAGCACAUGCACCUGCUUCCAAACCAUAGUCCGCGCCCUCGAGAAGAUCCAAACGGCCAACAUGCGCCUGCUGAGCAUGGACGUCGCCCUCUCCCAGAACAAAGAAUCCCUCAUCCACAUUUGCAACGCGCUGAAAUGCACCUCGCCGCACGAUUCCACCACUCGCCUCCUCAUGCUCGUCCUCCUCCGCAAGAACCUCAACCUGUAUAACCUUCUCUACCACUCCCGGCUGCGGAAUCGCAGGGAUCGCGGUAGCCGUGGGUCUCGGGGCAGUAGUGGUGGUAGUCCGUUCUCAGGAAAUACCGACUUCGAUACCGAUACCACGCUCGGCAGCAGACAUCCGUCGGACGCAGGCCUCGGAUUCUUUAGUGCAGAGAGACAUGACGAGAUGGAUACAAGUGUUCCUCCUACAGAUUUCACAGCUGGAGGUGGAGGCAGCGGCGUCGCAGGGGCCACACCAAGCACAGUCCGCCUCUCGCUAGGCUCAUACACACUCGACCACGCAGACGAAAGCUCUCUAACAAAACAAAUUCUACUCCUGGACGUGAACAAGGUGCCGCGGUUGCUGGAGCGGCUGGACAGGCGGGCGUGCGGGCUGGACGAGGCGGACGGGCUGGAUCUGUACAAUAUGAUGCGCAGCGCGUUGAUCGCGGAGUUUCGGGCGAUUAUGACCGAGGUUGAUUCGUAAAUUCCCAGCCGGAUCUCGAUGGACGCGGUUUCGCUGGGGUUCUAUCUCAGGGGUUGCAGUGCCAGUGGGCAGAUAGAUACUGUAGAGGAAGCCGCGAAAAUACUAGAAGGAAUGACAUUGACGAGACUUGACGAGUCUUGAAGCUAUUCUGAGGUGAUGGAGACCGAGGCAACGAGGGGGUUGAAGGUGAAGGGGAUGUUCGGAGGGAGAUGGAAGCUCAACAAGACAUACUUCUGGCAAUAGUUCAACAAGGUCCUUUGCACGCUUUGAUCUAGCAAGAUUUUGGUCGAAUAGUGAGCCAAGAGGGCUGCAAUAAUUGUGAUAUUCCACUCCAUUUCCUCCAAUGCACAUCUUCCUCUCU